AUGGCGAAAUCCAAGCGUUCAGUGAUGACGAAGAUUGUCAAAUCGAAGUCCAGAGCUGCCAGAGCCUCCCGAGUCGACAGUGCGCCUGAUCACGCCAGCGAGUUGACUGACAACCUGCAGAAGUUCAGGCUCGGGUGGGACCAGCAGGCCGCAGAGCACAAGAUCAACCGAGAGAUCGCAGCCCACAUCCAGAGAGCAUUUGGCGACAACAUCGAUGUCCCGAGCGGCGCCACUGAUGAUCCAAAUGCGCCGCCACCAUGUGACAAAGAGCAGUGCUUGAUCGACGCUGUCAAAGCGGGUGUUGCGACAACAGAUAUGACCGCCAAGAUUGCGCAGCUUUGGGAGACGGCCAAGAAAGAGGACAAGUCAUUGGCUGACGCGCACAAGAAAGUGGGUCGACCAUACAAGGCACAAAGAGACUUCCGCAACAAGUGGGCGAAGUGCGAGGCCAACAAGAUGAUGAAGGAGCUGAUCGGGCAGGUCAAAGGUAAAUACAAGACGUUCGGGAUGAUAUGGAAGGAGGAAGGAAAAGACCAGAUCGCCUUCGACAUCGCAACCAACGUUGCCACCGACUGCUUGACCAAGCACUCGCAAGGCUCGACCUUGCACGGCAGGCCGUGGAUUCGCAAGCACCCGCAGAAGAAGUACCGCGAGUUCUUGGUGAUCGAGGAGUCGGCCGAGAUGAACGACAAGGAGGUCUGGGGGUACUCCGAAGUGCCAGUGGGGCCCGCGGUGCCCAGCGAGCCGACUGGUUCGGCAGGGGGGUCAGGCCUAUCACCACUGCCAGCUGGGCACGAGCCUUCGGUUGACGGUGACAGCGACGCGACCAGCAAGCAGAAGAAGCUGAGCCCCGAAGACAAGAAGCUCCGAAAGGAGCUCACCACCAAGUUGGCGAAGCUCAAGCCACUGAAGAAGGAGGCCGCCGAGGCUUGCGCCGAUUGCACCGAGCUGGCCAGCGUCAUCGCGAGCUCUCCAGCCUGGGAGUACGCCAACAACGAGCCUGCCCUGAGGGGGCUGAGGAAGGCCAGGGGCGAGUUCGACGCAGCGAAGACCAAGCCCACGUUCUGGUCAGCGUGGAUGAUCGAGGACAACUUCCCGAGCUACGCUGUGUCCCGCUUCAAGACCGACUACAUCGCCACCGAGCUCGCGAGGACGGACACCAUUCGCAAGCUCUUCGAGACGCUCCAGACAGAGGCCGGGAACCUCAAGAGGAUGCAUGCAGUUCGCAAGUGA